AUGCACUGCUCAUCAUCAUCAAAAACUAAUAAUCAAAAACAAAAUCCAUCAAAUAAUUCUCCUUUAAUAUUAGAAGAUAAUCAAAUUGAUUUGAUAACAUCUGAAAAUGAUUUACUAUUAUCAAAAGGAAAUGAUGUUGAUUUUGAUCGUCUGCGUUCAUAUUAUAUAUUGACCAUGACGGACUUAGUCGGUCGUUAUUUGAUUCAUAAAACAUUUGCUGAAUUUCGACAAUUUUUAGUUGAAAAAGUGCAAUGUAGUCAAUCAUCUACUGAUGAAAUUAUUCAAUUGAUGGAUACAUGA